UCCCGGAGCGGUGCCCGGCGCGGCCGGUGCCCGGCGCGGCCAUGCCCGCCGGCUACCCGCAGCGGGCCCUCACGGUGCUGCUGCUCUUCGGCGCGCUGGCCGCUGCCAUGGCCCUGCUCGCCUCCAGCCUCAUCUUCCAGCUGCCGGCGGGCCGAGCCGGCCCCGGCCCCGGCCCCGGCCCCGGCCCCGGGCGCGGGGCGCUGCCGCCGGCGGCCGCCGCCGCGCUGCUGCCGGUCUCGGCCGCGCUGGCCGCGCUCUGCCUGGUGCUCAACGUGAGCUGCCUCCUGCUCUGCCUCCUCCACGGCUACUGCAGCACCGAGCUGUGCCGGGGACCGCGCGGGCCCGAGCGAGCAGACUGGUUCCUCCUGGACAGCCGGACAGUUCGCCACACUGCCAUCGGCUUGUUCUGCUGCGGGGUCUCAGUAUACCUAACAGCUCUUGCCAUCUACAUGCUGCUGCUGUUCGAACUUGAGGCUGGCAUUGCCGGCGCCUGUAUUCUCUCCUCUGGCAUCGUUGUCCUGUUGAUCACGGUGACACACACCCUAGUACGGGCCUCCCAAGUCUCACGUUGCAGCCGCUCUGAGGUCUCUCACACCCUCUAUGAGAACGACUCUGCCCAAUGUGGUGAAGCCUCUGCCAAUGAUCCGAACAACAAGAACACGGUUGCACCCCGGCCCCGGCCUGAGAUCCACCGGGAAUUUUCCUUCCCUCCUUUCCUAGAGCGCAAAUCCCAGCUGGACUCUGCAGCCAGCAGCAACCUCACUUCCUCGGGGAGCCCCGGGCCUCACUCCGAGAAGGAGAGAUACAACCCGCCCCGAACGCACAGGACGCUCUCGGCUGAGUCAGGCCUCCUGCAGGCACAGUGCAAGCCAUGGAACAGCAUCACCCAGGAGAUGAGGAAUAUACUAUCACGGAAAUCCGGAGCCUCUGGGAAGGACUCAACUCUAGUGUGAGCAGAAAUGGGACCGUUUUGCCCCAGCUUAUCGCAGGCAGCUGGAGGCAGCAGGGCCAAGAUCUGCAUUUCUAUUUAGAGGUUAACAUAGGUCAUAUCAGAACCCACAUGUUGAGAAGCCUCAUCAGACGGGGGAAGUGACUGCUUUUCAAUCCUCUGCCCUCCCACGGGGAAGACGACUUUGGCUCUCCCCCCUGUCUGGCUACAUUAAACUGCCAAGUGAGCUCAGAGCGGAAGAGCGGCAGAGCCAUGGAAGACAAAUCUGUGCAGCUACGGCCUGAUGUUCUUCACUUCUUUUACUGAGAAGAUGCAACCUCUGCUAAAACCCAAAAGCACUUGGCCAUCUGUCCUGAGCCCCCAGGGCCUCCUGCCAGAAAGCGCAAGUACUAAAGGCAGUGCUUAUUUUUGUGAAAUACAAACCGAGUUAACUUGCUCUGUUGCUGCAGCCCUGCUCUGAUGUGACACUUUGCCAGACUGGGAUUGUGAGUCACCAGCAACAGCUUCUGGUGAUUUGGCAAUCAGUAAAGCGUUUCAGAGAGCAGAGAGAGGCUGCUGACCCAAGAUCCCCUCUAACGUCCUAAAUUAUUAUUCUGAUAAUACAUCUGCAAUCCUGAGCACAACCCAUGACUACAAAACAGAGUACUUUUAGGUGGGGGAACUGGGUCAAGCACUGUUUUGUGUUAUUUACUAGGCUUUGAAGAGUCCAGACUAAGCAUCUUUCUUCAAUUUCAAGGUCUCUUCUCCACUUUCCUCCACAGCCCAAGAAAACUGCACUCUUACCAAAAUCCUGAGCAAAGUUGUUGGUUCCAAGGAAAGAUUAACAUUGAAAUUACAUCCAUUUUAAAGUGAUCUCCAAAGCUAUGUGUACAUCUCUGCUUUGCAUUGUUUGACACAGGAUGAAGAAUGCCUUUUUUAUUACUAUUUUUGAAGAGCAGGACAGUUUAUUUUUCUUUUGAGAAGUUCUAAAUCUGCCUAUCUCUGUUUUGCUCCCAGCCCUUUGAAACACACAGAGGCAGAAGGCUCCAAGACCCUCCCCCCCAGCCUAAGUGAGCAAGAGGGGAAAGCUUUAGACAGUACUUUCUUGUUUUUUCUUUUUAUUGUUCUCACUAAAACCAAACUCAGCAACUUUCUGGCAAACUCAUGAAAAGCUCUUCUUGCAGAAUGCCUCUUGAACAAGGCUGAAGUGUGCCUACUUCACAUCUUUUUACAUGGUCCUCAACAACAUACUGAAAGCAAGACCUAGUUUUUUUGAGAUUUGGUUUCUGUAACCAAGAGGUAGACAUAAAAAUGCCUCAUAGCAGUCUGCCAUCAGAAAAAAAACAAAAAACAAAAGACAGGACAGGACAAACGCAGAACAAUCUCAUCUCCCUUUUGCAAAGCGCUCUAGAGAAAAACACAACUGCUCCCUAAAACAUCUCCGAAGGCAGGCCUGACCCCAUCAGCAGGAUUUGCCUGCUCAGGUACUGCACCGUGAUAUUUGAAACGGAGAGGCAGGCAGAGGCAUCUGUGCAGUUUCACAGAUUGAGCAGGUUUCUCCCUCCUCCAGGCGGUUAGAGUACAUGGAGCUGGGCUGAGGACAAGGCAGAGGAUGGCCAGUGUUGUCCGAAAUCAGGAACUGGCUGGAGGAUUCUUGCCUUGUUGGGCAACAGUGCUGUAAAAAGAAAGACACAGUCAUGUCCAGCAGGCAGGAAGGACAUCAGCAGCCGUGGGAACGUGAAGAACCAGGGGCUCCCUCAAAUAAAAUCUCACUGCUUGCAGCACGAGAGCAGCUUAGACAAGCACAGCUCAUGGACAACCGUAGGUGUGCAGACUGCAAAGCAACAUAUGCCAGCCUCUGAGGGUGUCAAGCUAGCAGUCUUCACAGCCACAUUGCAUGCUAACACUGCUAGGAAUUCUCUGCUGGGCUGAUCUGAGUGUGACCCUGCCACACGAGGAAUUAGGAAAAUAUGGAACCAGCACCAAAAAUGUCUAAAACGGAGUCAUUCUGCAGAGACAGAGGCACCUGGUUUGCUGUGGUGGUUUUUCAGGGAUGGACAUUCAAAAUUGUUAGCAAGGAGCAUAGACAGUUGGAAAUUUCUCACUCCCACACAGUCAGGCUCCAAUACCAAGAAAGCUAUCAGGAGAGACAAACACACUAGACUCAGACCAUCUGCUAAAAAAUGUUUUAGUAGCUGUAGCUCAAUUGCAAACAUAUGAAAAUGCAUCAUCGUUCUGCUACAUCUGUCAGUGCCACUUAUCUCUCCAGAUCUGUCGUGUAUGUGGUGCUCUGUGGAGAGAGUCACAGGAAGAACAGUACCGAAUGCAGCCUCUGUCCUGCUCCAUCUCAAUGACAUCACCACACUCCAAACGCCUUUGACAUAACAAACAUCUAAUGCGUUACAAAAACAAACACCCCUUUUUAAAUGAGGAAAUAAAUUAUUUUGCAGAUAUCCUUUUGUAAACAAGAUUAUUUGCUUCCCAAGGUAAACAAAACCAGAGAAUCACUGGAAGGCAAGCAGUACGUUAUUUAAAUAAGCAUAGAAUCACAUU